GCUUGCGGCCGGUGUGGCGCCGGUGUUGGUUCCAGAAGCCGGAGCGGGCACGUUCCCUGGACAGGCGUCAGGGCUAUGGUCGCCAGCUUCCGAAGGUCCGCUUUGCAUCUCAGCCCGAUCCUGAGCGCGAACCUGAACUGUCUCCUCAGCCCAGUCCCCCGGAGCGGUCGGCCGCUCCCCGGGCGCGCCCCCUCCGAUGGCGGCGGAGAUCCAGCCCCAGCCCCUGACCCGCAAGCCGAUCCUUCUGCAACGGGUCGAGGGGUCGCAGGAGGUGGUGAACAUGGCGGUGAUCGUGCCUAAGGAGGAGGGUGUCAUCAGCGUCUCGGAAGACAGGACAGUUCGUGUUUGGUUAAAGAGGGACAGUGGACAGUACUGGCCAAGCAUAUACCAUGCAAUGCCUUCUCCAUGUUCAUGCAUGUCUUUUAACCCGGAAACAAGAAGACUGUCCAUAGGUCUAGACAAUGGUACAAUCUCAGAAUUUAUUUUGUCUGAAGAUUAUAACAAGAUGACAGCUGUGAAGAACUAUCCAGCACAUCAGAGCAGAGUGACGAUGGUCCUGUUUGUUCUGGAGCUGGAGUGGGUGCUGAGCACUGGGCAGGACAAGCAGUUCGCCUGGCACUGCUCUGAGAGUGGGCAGCGCCUGGGAUGUCACCGCACCGGCGCUGUGGCCUCGGGCCUGCAAUUUGAUGUUGAAACCCGUCAUGUGUUUAUUGGUGAUCACUCGGGCCAAGUCACCAUCCUCAAACUGGAACAAGAAAACUGCACACUGCUAACAUCCUUCAGAGGGCACACAGGGGGGGUGACAGCACUCUGCUGGGACCCGGUCCAGCGUGUGCUAUUCUCGGGCAGUUCCGAUCACUCCGUCAUCAUGUGGGACAUCGGCGGGAGAAAAGGGACGGCCAUCGAGCUCCAAGGACACAACGACAAAGUCCGAGCCCUCUCCUAUGCACAGCACACAAGGCAGCUCAUCUCGUGUGGUGGUGACGGUGGCAUUGUCGUCUGGAACAUGGAUGUGGAAAGGCAGGAGACCCCUGAGUGGUUGGACAGUGAUUCCUGCCAGAAGUGUGACCAGCCUUUCUUCUGGAACUUCAAGCAAAUGUGGGACAGUAAGAAAAUUGGCCUAAGACAGCACCACUGCCGGAAAUGUGGGAAGGCCGUGUGCGGCAAGUGCAGCUCCAAGCGCUCUUCCAUCCCACUCAUGGGCUUUGAGUUUGAAGUCCGGGUCUGCGACAGCUGCCACGAAGCCAUCACAGACGAAGAACGCGCACCCACAGCCACCUUCCAUGACAGCAAGCACAACAUUGUGCAUGUGCAUUUUGACGCCACCAGGGGAUGGCUGCUAACUGCUGGGACUGACAAAGUGAUUAAGUUGUGGGACAUGACCCCAGUAGUAUCAUGACACCUCACCCGGGGACUAGAAGAUGGUUUGAGCCUGAAAUCGUCACGGGAGAAGCAAAGAAGGCAUAUGAGCAAGAAAAGAGACCAAAGGCUCCCAGUGAAUCUGUGUUCUUCCUGGACUGUGGGGUGAACUAGUGGAAGAGCGCUCUCGGGACUCUUCAGCUGUCCUUAUCAUAUAAAAGAAGAUAUUUUUUUAUCAAAUGGUUUAUUCAACCUGGCUGUGCUGCGUUGUGUUGAGUGCAUUGGAAAAUCUGUGUGGGGUGUUAAAGCUUCCGUGUUCCAGCCCUCCAUUAAACUCGUUGCUUUCUGUGUCGGGGGGUGGGGGAGGAGAGAGAGAGAGAGAAGUAUCUAUGGAAGGUGUUGUGUCGUAUAAAACAGUGUCCACAUUUUCUUCACCUCAGCAUGUACCAGACAGAGCCUUUCUCUUCCCUUGAGUCUUCCUCUAGCCGCGCUCGCCUCUCACCAGAGUGUCUGAUUACAGUUUGUUCUGGUGUUCUGCUUUCGUGGCCAGAUAAGAGUUGGAAAACCGUGCGUGUCCACAGCUGGCCUCUUGAGUCACUGUGCUGUCGGCAGUGCCUGUGACUCCACUUCCACGGUCUCUUUCGUCCACGCUAGGAAAUGCUUUCAGAAACUGCUGUCCCCACCAUCAGCCCGCACAGCGGUCAUGUGACUCAGCCUCACCCAGCAGUGCCUGUGUCUUUCCAAAUUCAGUGAGGGCUGCUUGAGCCUUUUGCAUUUUGGACUUUGGGAAUUUUGGUUUUUUGAUUUUGUUUUUAUAGCUUUCCUUUACUGAUAAUAUGAAAGACAAGCAAAAACGUCCAAGCUCCAGAAGUGUCUUGAAGGUGCAUCUUUCUACGUGGUGUUGUCGCUAAAUGUGAACAUUUAUAGCUUACAGAUUAGCGCCCUGAUCUCUUCAACUGUUCAUAUUUAGCUCCCUUUUAAAACCAGGUACUUAAGCAUCUUUAUGGGAAUGUACACUCUUCUGUGAAGCCAGCUGUGACCUAAACAGAGGCACAGAGAAACAAGCGGGGUUCUCCUAGGGAAAUCAGUCCAGCUUGAUAAGGUGCAGUCCAAAGGACUCACUUUGGAAUAUCAAGGUACAUUAAAAGAAGUAGCAAGCCGUGCCUGGAAAAGGGCCCGUCCAGUCACUUCACACAGGCUCCCCCAUCAGGAAUAUCAGUGGGGCUGCCAGGUCAGAGUCUCGUGGGUAAACAGGCUGAUUGCUUGCCCUGCCUUUCCAUGUCACAACUCCGCUGUGUCUUCUUCACUUCUGACUUGACAGGUAUUUCCUGGCAGGAAGUACGGAAAUGAAAUUACAGCCUCCCCUUUUAUUUUGGUUCCGUUCCUAGAAAAGCCGUU